AAAGUAAGUUGUCAAAGUAUGGUACAUUAUACUUUUGGUUUGAUUCACCACCGAUCGAAUAUAGUCUAUCGAGGAUCAAGUGAAAUGUUGUCAAAUAUGCGUCCAGUAUGUGAAAUUGUUAAUUUAACGAUGCGAUCGAUGUAAUCUAUACUAUAUAUAUUCGUAUAUAUAGUUGAAAGGGCAAGUGCUUGUAUUAAUUGUACAUACCAACUACUAUCUCAUAAAAGUGUUUUUACCUUACAAUGAUGAAUAACCGAAGACGAACAAAUAACUUUACGUACGUUAGCUCGUGUGUAAAGUACAUGAUAUUUAUGCUCAAUUUUGUUUUUUGGUUAUUCGGAGGACUACUAAUUGGAGUGGGUUUAUAUGCAUUCGUGGACAAAUGGCAGGCAACUGGUUCUGUUAGAGUGGAAAAUGUGUAUGAUGUAGUCCUAAAUAUUUCACUUGUAAUGGUUAUAGCAGGAGGAGUUGUUUUCGUUGUUAGUUUCGCAGGAUGUGUUGGAGCAUUGCGUGAAAAUACUUGUCUUCUGAAAUUUUAUUCGUUGUGCCUAUUGGUAUUCUUUCUCCUUGAAAUGGGCGUAGCAAUUGUUGGUUUUGUAUUUCCACAUACAUUGCAAUCUUUAUUGGAAGAAUCAUUCACUGAUAAGAUUAUACAAACCUAUCGAGAAGAUCCUGAUCUACAAAAUUUUAUUGAUUUUGGACAACAAGAAUUUCGGUGCUGUGGUUUAAGUCAAGAAGGAUAUUUAGACUGGGGGAAGAAUGAAUACUUUAAUUGCUCCAGUCCUAGUGUGGAACGUUGCGGUGUACCAUUCUCUUGUUGCAUUAAUGCUACAGACAUAUCUAGUGGAUUAGUGAAUAUAAUGUGUGGCUAUAAAGUUCAGAUGUUACCAGUAUCCGAAGCUGGGAAGAAGGUAUGGACUAGUGGUUGCAUUGAAAUAGUGAGAAGUUGGGCAGAACGUAAUCUUUAUACAAUAGCGGGCAUUGCUUUGGGCAUAGCUCUUAGCCAAUUAUUUGUCAUUUAUCUUGCUAAGACGUUAGAAGGUCAAAUUGAAUUGCAAAAAUCUCGUUGGCAUUCCUGAGCUUGACUUCAGGCCACCUACCGCUAUCAAAUUCAUUCCCCUCCCAGCAGGCAGGUGGCCAGUGGCCGAACACGAAGCCAGGACAUUGAAUCUCAUGUAAAUGUUCGAAUGACAUUACU